AUGGUGCCGCGCAAAGUCCUGCAACGCUGGUCUGGCUACUCGCUUCUCGAAGGCCGCACGACCCAAACAGCCAACGAUGACGCCGAGACAUGCUGCUCGGCCGACAGAGCAACCAGGCCAAGCAGGCGGGAAAAUGCACUUGUGUGCCUGCUCGUCGCCAACACGAUGCUCUUCCUCAUGACGGCGGCCAUGCUGGCAAGCUUGCGGAGGCCUCGCUCGACCGAGCUUCUGAACCAGGCUCUGAGGGCCACGUCCAGCUAUAGCCCGGUGUUUGACAUGAUUGAUCUGGAGCCGUCGAUUCGCAGGAUCAACGGCACCGUGAAUCCCGCGGGAAAGCUGUCCAUAGCACGCCAGUUCCCCAACCCAGAAGCCGACGCCGUGUGGGAAAACGACAUUGAGCUGAUACGUCCCAUUCCGGUUACGCGAGAACAGAUUGUCAAGAUGGGCAAAAACCCAGACACGGUGGCGAAGCUGGAAAACAGCGUCUGGGGCCUUGGGGACGACGCAUACGUAGCAGCGCUGGACCUGUUCCACAACCUGCAUUGCUUGAACGCGCUCAGACAGGCAAUUUAUCCAGACUACUACAACCAGAGCAGAGUCGACACCGAGAAUCAGCAGUCAAUGACGGCAAUCCACCUCAACCACUGUGUCGACAUUCUGUUCCAGCACAUUUCGUGCAGGCAAGUACCACCACUGUCCCAUUGGACCGAAAGUUAA